CGCACGAACGAACCCGGUGGAUGGAUGGAUUCAUAUAUACCCUCCGCAUCCAGCCUUCCGUUCCCCGUGAUACUACCCGACGCAUUCUCUCGCCGAAAAAGUCACCCAGCGAAAUCAAAACUCCAACCACCGUCAGCCAAGCCAACAGCGGCCCCCAGCAGCACACUACAGGACGGGGCCGACGCAGGCGGCCAGACGAAGCACGCACGAAGCAUCCUCGCGACCCCGCAAGCCGUCCGCCGCGCGCCGCCGUUGGCACAGGAGCCGCCUCCGCCGCCGCCACCGCGGUUUGAUCUGCGGAGAUAUAUACCCAUCUACUGCUGCUUCAGACGAGGGGCGGAGAGGCAGUUUAGAGAGGGGCAUGGGAGGCGGGCAUUCGAGGAGCGAGUCGCGGGAGGGGAGCGGGAACGGGAACGGGCGGUACGCCCACUCCUCGUCCUUCCAGCAGCCGGCGACGGCGACGCGGUGGGACCAGCCGGGAGGAGGGUACCCCUACGGCGCCGGCCAGGACGCGCAGGGCGGGUACUACGGCGCGCCGCCGCAGCAGGGGGGCUACGCCGCGCCGUACCCGGCGUACCAGCCCGCGCCCGUCGCCGCGCAGCCCGCGCCGGCGCGGGCCGGCAAGCCGCGCCUCGACAGGCGCUACUCGCGGAUCGCCGACGACUUCCAGUCCGUGGAGCAGGUUACCGAUGCUCUAGCUCAAGCUGGACUUGAGUCUUCUAAUCUCAUUGUAGGUAUUGAUUUCACAAAGAGCAAUGAAUGGACAGGAAAAUUCUCCUUCCAUGGACGUAGUUUACAUCACAUUAGCAGUGUACCAAAUCCUUAUGAACAAGGAAUCUCGAUUCUUGGACAGACAUUGUCUAAAUUUGAUGAAGAUAACUUGAUUCCCUGCUUUGGAUUUGGAGAUGCAUCAACACAUGACCAAGACGUAUUCUGUUUUUACCCUGAUGAGAGACCUUGCAAUGGAUUCUCAGAAGCCCUUGAGCGAUACAGGGAACUCGUUCCACAUUUGCGCUUGGCUGGACCGACAUCUUUUGCACCAAUAAUUGAGAUGGCUAUGACCAUCGUGGAGCAAAGUGGUGGGCAGUACCAUGUUCUGCUGAUAAUUGCUGAUGGGCAGGUUACAAGGAGUGUAGAUACUGCAUCUGGGCAGCUGAGUUCCCAAGAGCAAAAGACUGUUGAUGCCAUUGUGAGGGCCAGUGAACUGCCGCUAUCUAUUGUGUUAGUAGGAGUUGGUGAUGGCCCAUGGGACAUGAUGAAGGAAUUUGAUGACAACAUUCCUGCCCGGGCUUUUGAUAAUUUUCAAUUUGUGAACUUCUCGGAGAUAAUGUCUAAAAACAUGCCACAAUCAAGAAAAGAGGCAGCGUUUGCACUUUCAGCCUUGAUGGAGAUACCACAACAGUACAAAGCAACUGUGGAACUAGGAAUAUUAGGUCGUCGCUCUAUGAAGGCUCCAGAAAGAGUUCCUCUGCCUCCUCCUGGUGGAAGCCACGAUGCCUAUUCCUAUGGAACUAAAAGCUUUAGUAAACCUCAGGCUAGUACAUCUUCAUCGGCGUAUCCUCCCUAUGAAGGUGCACAUAGGGCGGCCCCUGCUGCACCGUCUUCUGCUUAUGAUAAUCAGGUGUGCCCUAUCUGCCUUGUGAACCCGAAAGACAUGGCUUUUGGCUGUGGACACCAGACCUGCUGUGAAUGUGGACAGACUUUGGAAUCAUGCCCAAUUUGCCGGAGCCCAAUCACCACCAGGAUAAAACUAUAUUAGCAAGUGGUGGUUUGGAUCAUCGCGACUGGGUGGAAUUACUGGAGACCAUCCUUUGCCACACCGGACGAUGGACUGAGAGCUCUCCGAGCUCGGUCCAUGAAGGGCUCGAUCGGCUCUCGGGGCUGAGUUCUGCAGGGCCGAUGAUGACCUGCCGCUCCGAAGAUGGAGCAGGGGACGCCUCGAGUAUCUACACCCAGGCAAGAAUGAUCCAAACUCCAGCGUAAGAAACAGAUGCAGGUGUUGAAUGGCCAUUGCCAUGAGAAAACGAGAAAAUGCUGCUGAUGGAUCCAGCAAAAAUUGUGUGUGGUACUUGCAAGUGUGUAGAUAUGGAUGUGAGCCGCCGUUUCGCCCGGCCGGGAUAUGUUUGUUUUUUGAUUGAUGCGUCUGUACAAAUCCGCAGUGAUCUCUUCCAAGGGGAAGUGGCAUUAUUUUAUUUUAUCUCUGGUUUUCGUUUCGGAAUGGAAGUUGCUUCUUGCUCAAA